UCUUGUUUUAAGUUAUUUUUUUUAUUGUUGUUGAUAUAGUACCGAACAAGAAGGGAAUUAUUCAUGUAGAGUACAUAACAGUCGAAGAAAUGUGUUAUUGUCCACUUUGAUCCCAAUUUCAGUCUUUGCUUUCAAAAUCACUCAGUUUUCUCCUUCUCAACUGCUACAAGAAGGAGAUGUACUAAAUUUAUGGUGUAAUGCCACAAAUACUUGUUCACAGUUGACUUAUAACUGGUUUAAGGAUGGUCAACUGAUUGCUACCACACAGGAUUACAGGAAAGAGAAAACUUCCAUUCAUGACAGCGGCAUAUAUUGGUGUGAAGUUAUUAGCAACCAAGGUUCAAUCUCAAGUGAGAAAAUAACCAUAAAUGUUUCAGCAGAUACAUUGGAGAUUGUAAUACAACCCAAGUUCACAAUGGUACUCUUGAAUGGUUUUGCUUUAUUCCUGUGUGAAGCAAAAGGUCCAGCAGAAAUUCAUUAUCAAUGGUAUAAAGAUGACACUAUACUCCCAAAUGAAAACAAAACAGAAUUGAAAAUUCAUGUGGAGUCAGAAUCUUUUAAAGGCAUGUAUUAUUGUGUUGUGUCAUGUCUCACUGCGACCCGCACAUCGGAUUUUGCUUAUCUGCAAAUUACGAAAUCAGUUCCUGAAAAUAUUUCCAAAGAGGUAUGCCAAGCCACAGACAAAAUCGCUCUUCUAAUUGGUAAUGAAGACUACAGAAGCGAAAGGAAAUUGAAAGCAACUUCAAAGGAUGUGAAACUACUUUCAGGCAUUUUCGAAAGACUUGGUUUCAAAGUUUUGUCCCUUUUGAACUUGACGCUGACAGAAAUGAAAAUGGCAGUUUACCAUUUUGUCGAACUCCUCAACAACGGUGUGUAUGGCGUGUUCUACUAUGCAGGACAUGGUUUCGAAGUAAGUGGCGAUCCUUACUCUUAUCUGUUACCUGUCGACGCACCCACAGGUGCAGACAUAACCGCCUGUCUGCCUGCACAGAAAAUUCACCAGUUGAUGUUGGAGAAGAAUCCAGCCUUGUGUUGUCUGAUUCUUGACAUUUGUCGAACCAUUUGUGAAGAGGCUAAAUACUACAGUCUACCAUUAGAGAUUAAACCUAAUACCUCAAGUCUCUACAUGUAUUCAACCUCUCGAGGACAAAGUGCUUUUGAACCUUUGAAUGGCAGAAUGGGAAAUUUUGUGUAUGUCUUAAAAGACUAUAUCUACUCCGAUGACACUGUGGAGACAAUGUUCGGGAAAGUACGACGAGCAAUUGCCAUCAACUCAAAGAUACUGCAAGAACAGGGGAAGAGAUGUGGGAACCAGAACCCAGAGUUAUUCAGCAAUUUAGCCAAUGUGAACAUAUCAUUAGCAGACCAAAUCAACACAACCAACCACACGCAAGAAUAUAAUAUACGUUCUGAGCUGUGGAUGCAGGCAAAUAGGUUGCCACGAAUGACCUAUGUCGAUAUCAAAGAAUUUGGUGCCAAAUUAAAAAUUGAAUUUUCUGCUCAAUUUUCCAAUGUGAUGUCAAUAACCGUGACUAUUGUGGAUUCUGGAACUGUUCCAGAUUGCUAUGCUUGGAUAGCAAACAUACCAUCAACUUUGACGGCUGAUAAAGCUACUGUCCUGCAAGAUGACAAGAAGAAAAUAAGGAUUGUUGUAAAGGACCUUCAAAAAUUACAGGAAGAAAUGCUUGCAAUAAUUAGAUUUGUAUACACAGAUGAAUCAGGAAACAGUAGGUGUAGGGUAGAAGAUUUACAUUUGGAUUUUCCAUUGGCUGCGAAUCUAGAAUUAUGUAAACUAUCCACUGAGUUGUUGGAAAUGAAUUGCAUUCAAAAAAAAAUGUCAUGAAGGACAUAGUUUGUGCAUCAGAUUUAUAUUUUUGUUAAUAUCAUAUUUCCUGAAAUUAUCAUUAAAAAUAAAGAUUUUU